UCUGAUCGCACGAAUGGUCAAUACUUGAAAAACCUUGUUGAAUCAAAAGGAGAUGACGCAGAAGCAAUUGGAACACAGAAAAAGCGGCUUGCAAUGUUGGAUCUUUUAAUAGCGGCAUCUCGUGAAGGUUUGAUGACUGAUUCAGAUGUUAGGGAAGAAGUCGAUACUUUUAUGUUUGCGGGUCAUGAUACUACAUCGAUGGGUAUAUGCUUCAUUUUGGCACUAUUAGCUGAGCAUAAGGACGUUCAGGAAUGUGUUAGGAACGAAAUCGAUACUGCUAUGCAAGAGCAUGAAGGGAAAAUUACUAUGAAAUUAUUGCAACAAUUACCGUAUUUAGACAGAUGUAUCAAAGAAGGAUUACGCUUGUAUCCUCCUGCAUAUAGUAUAGCACGCACUGUUGCAGAAGACAUAAAAUUACAGUCACAUUUAGUACCUGCUGGAACAACCGUGCAGCUUUAUAUUUACGGAGUUCACAGAGAUCCCAAUUUUUGGCCAAAUCCAGAAGUGUUUGAUCCAGAUAGAUUUUUGCCCGAGAAGAUUCGAACUCGUCACCCUUAUUCGUAUAUACCAUUCAGUUCUGGACCACGUAACUGUAUCGGCCAACGAUUUGCUGUGCUGGAAAUGAAGGCGAUGAUAACCUGUCUGAUACACAACUUUUACUUGGAACCUGUUGACUAUUUAAAAGAUCUUCAGCUGCUGAUGGAUACGCUACUUCGCCCUGCUCAUCCAAUUCGUGUAAAAUUUAUCCCAAUUCAUAAAAUUAAUAAUGUCUCUAAAUCAAAUACCAAUAAAUUAUAAUCUUUAUUGAAAGCAAAUCUGCCAUUAAGAUCGAGUGAUGUGAUGAUUCUGGAUAGUUCGUCGUGUUGUAUCACGUCACUUUCGGGAGUGCUUCUUACAAUGGUUGACUAAGAUUUCUUUUAUAAAAAAAUAGUAAAGAUAUAACUUAAUUGCGUUAAUAAAUAAUCCGCUUACACCUAUAUAUACCUUAACUGCAAUUAUACUUUAUUUCUUAAUGUAAUUUCUUGUGUAACAAUUAAUACGCAUAUAUUCUAUCUAAAAAAAAGGUGUGUUAAAUUGACUCAAAUCUAUUAAAAUCUUCUCAAACGUCUCGAAGUUUUUUAUUGAUUCUUUUCCGCGACGAUGAUUUGUUCUCUCGCUGCGCUAAUAAGUUCGUGAGCGGUUGUCAUUGUAUAUUUUGAGAGUUGUUUGUAUUGACAUUGAUAUAACAUUAUAGCAAAUUGUAGUAAAAAGUGAAAAACGUUAAAUACCGCGCGCGAAGCGCGCGUCUGUAAUACUAGUAUUUAAAAAUUUUGUAUGAAAUGUAAUUUUAUGUAAUGUUAUGUAAUGAAAAUGCUUUUCCUCAUGGGAAAUUUUGUAUAUGGUUGCAUCUUAGAUUAUAUAUGGCUAUAUGCAAAGAGAAAUAAAAGUUGUAUAAAAAUAUA